GUGGUGGGACGACCGAACCGAAACCUUUGUGUGUAUAAAAAUGUCUCAAGGGAGAAGGACACCACUUAUUGUGUCUCAAGAUCUCUGACAGCAUGAACUUAUAUUUGACUAUCGUGAACAUGGCCUUGGUUUUGGCUCUUCCCCAAGGAAGUUGGGCCGCCAGCGAAGCUGAGAUCUUGAGGGAGAUCUUCGCUCGAAAUGAUUUUGCCCGGACCAAACCACCCGGAGUGGGUCCCAAUGGCACCACAGAUGUUCAGUUUGGAAUCGCUCCCAUGUGGUUGGAAAUGACCGCCCAAGGCGUGAUCAGAGGCAAGAUGUGGUACCGAUUCCUUUGGGCGGACCAACGGUUGACGUGGAAAACGGAGGAAGACUUACUGGUGUCCUCAUUGAAGGUGCACCCAACUCAAAUUUGGAUGCCAGACCUCUUUCCUUACAACAGAUUCGACUCGCACAAUCCCAUGUUUGCCUUCCAAUCGGCUGAAUCAGCUUCUAAUGCGGUUGUCAUGCCCACGGGCAGCGUGCUUUUCGUUCCGGAGAUGGGUCAGAAAUUUAUUUGCUCCGAUGUGGACUUGGACAACUUUUGGGGGGAGCAGGAAUGUUUUUUCAAGUUCGGUUCGUGGACCUACAAUGGCCACAUGUUGAAUGUGGUCCCUUACGAGGGCAAGACCGAGCUUGAUCUGGAAGAAUACGAGAAAUCCAGUCCGCUUUGGAUUAAGAGAAGUUCCAUCAAACGCGUGGUCAAAUAUUAUCCUUGUUGUGUGGAGCCGUUUCCGCAUUUAUUGAUUUCUGUCACCGUCCAAAGAAAGUUCAUCGUCCAGGAGAAUGGAGCGGGGGUUAUUUUCAACCCUCUAAUACCCCGAGAACAUAAAGAUUGUGUGUAAAAAAUGAUGAGUAAAGAAAAGUCCUCUGUACAAAUAUUUUUACUUCA